GCGUUGAGUGAGAGUGUUUACCUUAUGGACAUGCUUUAACAGUUUAACAGUUAUCAACAUAUUGGAGGUUUUUUUAAUUCUAAACUUUCUCUAAGACUACCCUACCAACCCUAUCUUGGUAAUCCCUCAUUGAAUUGAUAUUGACUUAUUUCCCUUAUUUUAGUGCAAUUUAUUAUCCCUUUCUUAGUCUCUAUAUGACUGACAGUUUUCAUGGACAUGUAGGUUUAAAUUUAGGCCUACUUUUUUUAACGCUUGGGGUUGCACCUUGCUUUAGUUUAGGGACUUUGGUAUGAUCCGGGAAGUGCCGAAAACCGGGUAUCGUGAUUUCGUUGUCAAAAUGGCGACCUCCACUUUUUAAUUUACCGAGGGUUGUGUUGUUUAAGAUUUUUUUUGCUAAAGUUAGUUUUGUUAUUAAAUUCUAUUUCUGCCCUCAACUUAAAGCAGACAUGUUUGUUGUUCAUUUGACACUUUUCUUUAAGAAAAAAUUUGACAGUUUGACAUUGAAAAUUAAUGGUAAAUAAUAGCUAAUUUGACUCUUUCAUAAUUUUUUUUUGGAAAAUGUAAGUUUAAAAAGAGAAAAUACCAAUGUUAGAUGUAGGCAUAAAUGACAACAUAUCCAAAAUUUGUGAGGUUAGGACCCCGCCAUGGGUGAGAAAUUUUUGUGCAAAAUUUUUGUCUCAUGUGUCCCAAAAUUACCUAUUAUCGAUAAUGGACUUUUUGUAAUAAGCAACUUGAUUUACACUGGAAAUCCAGCAUAUUACCCACUAAUAACUAAUUUUAAAACAAAGCAACAAUUUACUAGCACAAAUACCUAUUUAUAAUAUUACCUGAUGCUUUAUUUUGAGGUAUUAAUUGGGGGAGUGGGAUAAAUAACCCUAGCCUUAGUAGUAUUAUUACACUUAUAGUAGGAAAAUAUAUAUAUAUAUAUAUAAGCCUAGUAUAGUACAGACCUAGUGACAUCCCAACUUGUUAUUGCAGAAUCUAUUAUAGGUAAAUGAUAUUAAUGGCUAUGUAUUCAUAUUUUAAUGAACAUUAUGAUUCUUAAAAUAAAAUUAAAAAUGUAAAUAUUCACUUACCUUUGAUAUUGAAAUAUCCUGUAUUCACUCACAAAUCACAAUAUUCCACAAGAAACUUGUAUAAUAUAAUCCUCAAUAUUCAAGAAAUAACACACUCUGCCACAGUGAUCCAAGAAUUUCUUAAGAUAUUAUUAAAGAAUAAUCAUAAAAGCUUGUACUUACCUCAAGCGAAUGACUAGAACUUAUUUUAAUUUCUAUCAACUGCCAAAGUUGAUACAUUUUGAUUUGUGAAACAAGAUUACUAACUUAAAAUAAAGAAUCUACUAUUUUUUAGUCAUAUUCAAAUGAGACUAAAAAUACAUAUAUAGAAAAUGGAAAAAUAAAAAGUAUAAUUGUCAAUUUUAGAUAAAGGAAUCAAAUAAUCCCUGUAUUAUUAUUUGAUACUUAUAAAUGUUAAACAAUUCCAUUGAAAAUUUGAAAUUAAUAUCUAAAGAAUAUUAUUAUUAUUAUAAAAUUAGGGAAAUUUGAUAUAUAUAUGUUUUUAAAAAAUAUAUUAAUUAAAUACAAAUAAGUGACGAGUCAGCAUAUUUGAUACAUUUUAAUAAGGAAAAUUAUCAAGAUUAAAAUAUUGUUUUGCGGAAUAUUAACAAAAACUACAAUUAUAUUUUGUGGCUUAAUUUUGAAGUACUCAUAUUUAACUGUGUUCCCUGUAAAUAUUAUAUUUUUGUCUCAUUUUAUAACAAAGUUAUAGGCAUAAAAACAAUAGCAAUAUAAGGGGGACGAAAUGUGGAGGAAAAUCCCAUAGUGAAAAAGUGCUUUUGAGGUCCAUACUAAAAAAUUCAUAACUUUUGAACCACUUGAGCUAGAAAGUUGAUCUUGGUGUUUUUGUAAACCACUCUAUUGGCUCUAUACAGCUGUAGUAGUUUUAUAUUUUUUAAAAUGUUUAGAAAUUUUCAUCAAAGUGCCUACUUUAGUUGUUUGAGCGAGUUUAGCCUUUGUUUAUUUGAAUAGGCUUUUUAAUGAACUUUUAAAAUUACUACAUGAAGCCAAAGUAACCAUCUAAUUCUAAUACUAAUAUCUGAGAGUGACAAACUACUAUUACUAUUUCUAAUACUAAUACUAAAGACAAGAAUAAAGACUAAGCUAGUAUGAUGAUGAUGAUUGAGUACUUUUAUAGCGCUUAUGUCCAUGCUAUUUUAGCAUGCUCACAGCUCUCUGAUGUCCUAAAAUCUAUUCAAAGAAAAAACUCUUUAAUGGUUCUUAAAUGACUUUUUAUCAUUUUCAAUAUCCCUCAAAGAUUGAGGCAAACUGUUAGGCGCUAUAGCUUCAAAAAAGCGCACUCCGUUCGUCUUCUUUCUGUGUCUAUCCACACUGGGAACCCUCAGAGGACUGCAUUGAAGAGCGCAAGUUCUGUAUGGAUAUAUGUUUAAUACAAGUUAUGUCAGGAAAUUCACUUAGUUGCUUAUACUUAUAUAAGUUAACUUAAAUGGUUCUCUGAUUUCAUAAGGAUUGCAUAUGUUAUUAACACAAAAAAGAAAAAGUGCAGUAACUUUUUCCUGAAAGCACCCCAAUAAUUUAUUUUUUAUUAAUAAUAAACCAAACUAAUGGAAAAACUCCCGAAAUUGUCGUUUUUUUUAGGCUAGCCUUAAUCUUAGGCUUAAAAUCGUAGUUACUACGGCAAAAUCAUAGGGGUAAACAGGUCAGCUACAUCCAUACAUGGUAACCUGUGGGAUCAAAAAGCUAUACAAUAGUGUACAAAAAGUCGCAAAAGACUACAACAACAUGAAAACUACAGAAAAAAUAUGAAAACUUGAAAAAAGUAUAAUUAACAACUUUUUCAUCAAUUUUAUCUAUGUUUUGAAUGGUUAAAUUAAACAAAAUUAUUAUCUUACCUUCAAUGUGCGCACUUUUUUCAACAUUUUACAUCAUUCAUAAAUUGGAAGAUCGCAUUUAUAAAAAAUUCAAUGGCCUAAGUCUAAAGUUCGUCAGAUUUUGAUUUUUUUUUUUUUUCACUUGUCAAUAGCAAUAUUAUGUUUAGGAGAUUUUCAGCUGGAGUUAAAUAAUAAAUACAAAAAUAAUAUAAUUUAAUAUAGCCUACCAUUCUCACUGAUUUCUGCUAAAAAAUGUAGACUUAAACAAUGAAAAAGGUAGCACUCCCUUUUAGUUUUAAGAAAGCAUUAACACGCUAAAUGAAACUUUAUCAUAAUAAUAAAUAGGAAUAAUGACUAAUGUUAAAUAAAUUAAAAGAGCCUUUACUAACAAUGCAGUUCUUGUAAUGAAUUACACAAACAGAUUUGUAAUGAUGGUUUACUACACAAAGUAGCUACUACCAUACUACGAUGCCUUAGUAUUAACAAAUGUUAUCAAUGAAACCACACUCAGUUUCUAAAUUUAGAUGGCCAAUGAGAUUUAAACUUCCUGUUGUCCAACUUAGAAUUUAUUGCAAGUUUUGAACGCGUCUUGUACAAAAUUAUUUCUUCUCUCAAUCCAGUGAAAAAUCUCACAUAAUCAUAGGUACACCCUGGCAAACGUAUAAAAGCCUACAAAGUAUGGGUAAACCAUACAGGUUGGCAUGUAUUGUUACAGAUGUGGGAAAAGAAUUUGGAAUGAGAAAAAAAAGUGGCAGUGUUUUUCAUAUGAUUAAGGACAUUAAUUAGACACUGAAAAGUAAUUGAUGGUAAUGAAAGUAUCAGGCAUGUAAAUGUAUCCCUGCCAUGCUCUAUACAGUAUAACUAUUUAUAAUAAAUGCCACCUUAAAUAUUAAUUUGAAAAUAAAUUUGUACCUAGGCUUAGGGCUCAUUUCAUAGUAUAAAUAUAUUAUAUUGGCAUGUAAUACAUGUUUUAUUUAGGUCAAUGUUUUUCAUAGUGAUGUAAACUAAAUUUAUUAGCAGGUCAACUACAAGUUUAUCAGAAAGAGAACUCUGGCUUUACAUACAUAGUUAGCCGUAACAUGCCACGUCCCACUCGAGGAAAAGGUAGUAAGUCAGAUCAAGUAAAACAGGAGGAACAUUUGCAAAGGAAGAAUGAUCAAUGGAUUUUCAUAGUAAAUGGUAAGUUAGAUUUUUUUUUUGGCUAAUCAAUCUUAUGCAAUGUCAAUAAUAAAUACUACAGGUAAAUUCAGACAACCCGCGCCACAGCCACUGUCUUGGUUGCUCGACCCGUGAAAGGUCACCCUAAACCUAUCCCUAAACCUAACCUGGACACUAAACCUAUUAAGUUAAAUAAACAUGUAAAUGAUGUUAUGGCAUGAAUUGUUUGCUUUAGCAAAAGUAAAGUUUAGAGCCAAUAACAGCGUGGUGGGAACUACUCCAAAUUUUCUAUUUGAUAAGAUAAGAUUCUUUAAUUGAUCCAAACAAAUGGAAAUGUUUUUUGAUUGCAUUGUACACAUUCAGCAUAUAAAUAAACCAAUUUGAACGCAAGACAUCUAUAUUAAAUUAUUUCACUAGUGAAAAAAAAACAGCCAUUCAGUGCAUUCUCUUAGCCAUAUCAGGGGCUUAUUAAUUCUCAUUAAGAUUUGUGACUUCAGGGGGAGCACGCUGGUAAAUUCGUACAGAUUGGGGAACAAAAGAAUUUUUAUAUCUUUCAGUCCCAAAUGGGCAGAUCCUAAGUAUCUGUGAUGAAGAGGGUGGGAUGUACCAUCCAAAAUGUGUUUAGUUUUACAAUAACAUCUUUCUGCAAAUAGUUCUUCAAGUGAAGGAUGUUUAGUUUGUGUUAUGUUCCUAGCUUUCUUGAUUAGUCUGUUUAUAUAAUUGUGUGAUAAGAAAUAUUCAACAUAGUCAACAAAUUUCUAAAAGUAUCUUUUAUCAUAGUAAUCAUACCUAGAAAGAGAUGAUCCACAAUGAUAAAAAGUCUUACAAUUAGUACAAUAACAUGAUUAAAUACAAUUAAGCAUGGAGAUCUACACAAAUAUUAUUAACAAAUUUCCAAUGCCAAGUAUUGAAGUUAAAAAUUAAUUGCACUUCAGCCAUUAUACUAAAUCUUUGUAUAUUAUAAUUACUUGUUCUUUUGUUUUAUGUUCUAAGAUGAGGUCUUGAAUGGGAGCUGUUCUAAAGAUGGAAACAAUCCUUCACUAUGCAAGUUAAGACACCCUCGUUUGAGUAAGUUAAGUUAUUGUUUCUUGCAGGUGGUGACCACAUUUUCAGAACUGCAUCAGAUUCAGUUCUAUUUUUCUGUGAACAUUGAUCAAACUGUUUAACAUGAUUGAGCUUGAUUCAUUUAUUACUUUAUAUCAUUAGUUCUUGAUUUAUUGUUACUCAGUAGUUGGAUGUAUUAAAUAAUUUUAUUGAACAGAUUUUUUUUUUUUUUUCAGACUCAGGAGUCAUUUUUUUGUUAUCAGAAAAGGGUACAAAUUUUUUUGAGCUCAAUGCUUUUAAAGAAAAGUUUCGAUCAUGGUUUAUUGGAGAAACAGUUAAGAGGGGGGAGUUGAAUUAAAAUUUUUUUUUUUAUUUUUAUUUUGUAGUUUGAUUUAUUAAAUAUUUUUUUUGUAUUGAUUUUUUUUUUUUUUUCAGACUCAGGAGUCAUGUAUUUGGUAUCAGACAAGGGUACAAAUGUUUUUGAGCUCAAUGCUUUUAAAGAAAAGUUUCGAUCAUGGUUUAUUGGAGAAACAGUUCAGAGGGGUGAGUUGAAUUAAAAACAAUUUAUUGUGUGCUUUUUCUUACAAAAUCAUUGCUAUAGAAAGCUGGAAAUGAAUUUGUUAUAGUACAUUUUCAAAAAAGAUUAAGUUGAAAUAAUGAACUAUGAUUAGGGAAAAAAUACGAGGAAAAAAAUUGAAUGCAAAUAAUAAUAUUUUUUAAAAAAUAAAUUAUUUCAGAUGGGGAUAUCUAUUUUACGACUCCUGUUGAUCCAUUGUUUCUGGUGUUGCCAUAUCUAAUAAAUGCUGGAGAAGUCAGUAGUGUUAUAAUCUUUAAAAAUGCUAAAUAACUUGUAGUUAAAGUUAAAGGACCAUAACAUGUAAAAUUAAAAAUAACUUUAAUUUAGAAUAGCUUAUGUCCUUAAAAGUGUGUUUAUCCACCUCCAGUGUUUAACUUUGACAAACAAAGUGAGGGGGGUGUGGUAAAAAUGCAAAUUUAAUCAUGGGUUGCCAUCACACCUGUCUCACUAAGCACUCACAGCCUGUCUCACUAAGAUCACUCACAGCCUGUCUCACUAAGAUCACUCACAGCCUGCCUCACUAAGCACUCAGCCUGUCUCACUAAGAUCACUCACAGCCUGUCUCACUAAUAUCACUCACAGGCUGACUCACUAAGAUCACUCACAGCCUGUUUCACUAAGAUCACUCACAGCCUGUCUCACUAAGAUCACUCACAGCCUGUCUUACUUUGAUCACUCACAGUCUGUCUCACUUUGAUCACUCACAGCCUGUCUCACUGAGAUCACUCACAGGCCUAAUAAGCAUUUAAAGAAUUUUCAUCAUUUUUUAAAAAAAAUCAUGUUUCAACCAGUCUUGACCUUGCCAAUUUGUUUACAUCCACAGAAUAACCGCUACAUGGCUAUAGACCAAAUUGUAUUAGAUGAAGAAUUCCCAGAGUGUCACAAACUUUCUACUUGUUUUGGCAAGGGACAGCUGGAGUUGAUUACAGACUGGAAAGGUAACCUAGGAUUUUAUUUUAUAUUUAAAGACAUGUUGUAAAGUAUUACACAUUUAUGUCAGAAUUUUUUGUUGACAUUGUGAUCACUUACAGCCUUUAAGCCAUUUUUCAAAUAUUCAAAUUACAAUCCAAUAAAACUUAUUUGAUGACUAGAAAUAAUUGGACCAAGGCAGACUGCAAAAUUUGGGAGAAGAAUGAAACGGGAUCUGUUAAAAAGUAUUUUAUUCUUUCAAUAACAUUGUUACUUGAUAAAUGGAAGAUUGUUUAAAGUUUUUUGUUUAUUUCAGAAAUUGAUGAUGAAAUGAAAGUGUAUCGCUACAAUAAAGAAAAAUGUAUGGCAUGGCUCAAGUCAAAGGUGAGAUCAACACAGUUGACAAUGAAACUUUCACCUUAAAAAUGGGAUUACUAUGACCUAAUUUCUUAUCGUCAUAAAACUAAUCAGUUAACAGAUGCAAUGAAAUCGGCGACCGAUUUAUGAGUUGAACAUUUUUAACAUCAAGUUUCAAGCAUCGAUAAUUAAGAUUUUCGGAUAGUUCCCUUUCAAACAACAAUGGAUACAAUUUUUGUAUAAUUCUCACAAUUUUCCUCUAUCUUGCAUGAAAACAUUUCAAGUGUUAAAUUUUUUAAAGAAGUUCUUACAAGUUAAUUUCUCAUGUUUCGGCUUACUAUGUAUGUCAAAAUAAUGCAAUUUGUUAUUGGCUUUAGUGAAGUGUCAGUUUUUUUAUUAUGUUGUGCAGUUUUUAGAAAAAACAAUGUUUGAUUAGACGAUUGUCUGACCAACAUAGCCAAGGAUUAUUUGUCAUUUUUUUUUUAUAAGAGGGUACAGUUUUUCUCUAAUAAAAUUAUAAAAUCCAGUCCUGGAGCCUGGUCAUUCUCGAGGCUGUUUGCUGAACCCCCAGGUUUGUGUUGGGCCCUUUUGUUUAAGAUAUGUUAAAUCUUUGAGGAGGCAGUUGCUGAUGCUCUGGGGCGUACUUUUUAAAAAAUAAGCUAAAUCUUUGAACAGACAGAGGCAGUUGCUGAUGCCCUGGAAAAGAAGAAUGUUCAGGUCAGCACCAAAGGUUCUCACAGUGCAAUAUUUAUUCGCAGCAAGGACACUGACAACUCCAGAGGUAAGACUUUGACUUCAGACUUUCAUUUCAGAUGCUAGUUUUGUCACACUUCAGAUUAUUGAUCCUGUUUAUUUAUCAAGUCUUAUUAAAAUUGAUUUUAAAAUAGCAUGCUACUUGUUCUAUGAAUGAGAUCCCAUAAGAUUUUUCCAUAUUUCAUUCAUUUUUUUUAAAGAAUCCUACUUGGAGUUUGCACAUGGUGUUGUCAGCGAUUAUUUGGCUUUAGCUGUGGAAAAGGAACUUAAGACUUUUCUGGGGUAAGUGUUCUGGCUAAAACUAAUAGCCUCAUAAAUUAAUUGAUUUCUGUUAAACUUUUUAAAAUUCUAACAUAAUCUUGUAUAUAAAUUAUUUAAAGGUAAUGGGUUUUUUCUAAUUCAAAUUGUCACCUUGGGACCAAGUAACAUGUAGUUGGGAAUAGGGCCACCAUUUUACACUGUUCAGCAUCUAGUAAAUGCACAAUGCUCAAAAAGGGGUAACCUAGAUACAUAUAUAUUAAAACCAAUUUAUGUGUACCAAGGCCUUGAGAGGUUUUCAUAUAAUUUCUGCAAAAUAUUGUUAUAAUUUUUUUUAAUGCACCUUUUAUAAAUAUCUUAAUGAAAUUGUUUGUAUACAUCAAUACUGUAAAUUAUCCAUUGUUUCCCAAAUACUUGAGGCCUUAUAGAGUUUUUCUGUUCUAUCUUGCAAUAAUUUUUUUUUUAUAAAUGUGAUUAAAAAUUAAUUAUUUUAUAAUUUUCUUGACAUCCCAGUCUACCUGAAGUAAAUGAAAGCGCCAGUACCCCUGAAAAUGAGCCUCCUUCAAAGGUAAUUAUCUCUAAAUAAACUUUUCUUUGUUAACAAUUACAUAUUAGGCUUUAUUUAAUGCAAACACAAUAAGAAAUAUUGUAAGAUUAAAACAGUUGCUUGAAAGUUUAAUCCAGUAUAUUUGUUUCUAUAUCUACUAUUCCUACAAAGUAAUUGAAUUUAUCCAUAAGUGGCUAUCAAUAUUUCCCAAGUAUAACUUAACAGAGAAGCCAGAUUGAGGUUUCAUGUAUUUCCAAGAAUUUUACUUAGUUUUUUUUUUUUUUAUAUACUUAUGUAGAAAGUUAAACUUUCCACUGAUGUGAAACCUUUGGAGGACUACAGCAUUAAACUAGAUACAAAGAAGGACAAAUCCAAGGUAAAACUUCAACAUUCAGUCUGAUCCAAUCUUGUCUCUAGAGCUCCUUUUUGCUUCGUCAGCCGUAAAUUUACCAUGGUGCAUUUUAUUUGAGAGGGGGGGCUAUAAUAAGCUGAUAUCAGAUUUACUUUUGACUUCAAGCGUAAUAUUUUAAUUGAAAAUUGAAAGAAUUUUAGAAUGUGGCUCAGUAUUUUUGAAAACAAAUAUUUCUAAAUUAAGGUGUUCCAUUGCGACUAUUCCAUUUCAAAAAAAAAUUGUUGGUGAACUUAGGUCUGUUUUUUUUUUCUUUCUUGUUUUUUCAAAUUAUCAUCUUUGGUGGUUUUCUUUAGGAAUAUCUUUUUUUUAUCAAGUUCUACCUUUCUUUUCUCAGACAGGCAAGCAAAGUGCAGCUCAAAAGCAACUCAGCAAGGUUGACAAGUCGGGCAUGAAAAGUAUGAUGAGCUUUUUCUCACCAAAAUCAUGAGGACUAGCUGUCAUUUCGUUGGUUUUUUUAUCCUAAGGGAUGGAAAUACAUACAUCUUAAUUUUUAAAAUGUCAAACUUAAGCCAUUACCUGAACGAAGUAUGCAUAUGACUUCUGUUUUUUUUUGUUUGUUUAAUGGAUGUGUUGACAAGGAAUGCUUGUCAUUGGUGGUAAUAUAGAUAUUAAAAGCAUCACUCCUGGUCCAAAGUAGGACUUAGUGGAGGAAUUCAGUACAGUUUUAAGUGCAUAAUAACACCAUUGAGUGUUGUAAAGUUAAAGUUUUCUCAUCAUUCAUCCCCUUUAUGAAAACAUUUAAGUCUUAAACCAUAAGAGGACUACAUUUGUAACAGGCAUUUUCAACAUUAAAAUAUAUCACAUUGGUUUCAGAAUUUAAAAAAAAAUAGCCUAUUGGUGCAAAUCCAAUGCAUGAUUGAGCUGCUUAUGUAGAUUCAAUGAAUACUCUAAUUUGUGAACCUUCUGAAUUGCAACAAGUCAAUCUAUGUGAACUUUUAAUGCAUUUAUUACAUGAAAUCAUACAUUUUUAAAGGCAUUGAUUUAUACUGAUUUACUGUAAUUCUUUUGCACUCACUAUCUUUUCAUUAAUUACAUAUAAUGGGGGGAGGUAGGGGCGUCCACAUUAUGUUCAUUAUCAACCUUAAAAAAGGUGAUUUAAAUUCAUGACAAUAGUUUUGGUAGAUGCUCCAGAAUAACUUCUUUGUAGGGCUCAGCUGGGUUAAGUAUUUUUACACCUUGUCUGGGUCCGGGUACCUUUAGACAAUACCUGGUGGGUCCGCGUGUUAC